CCGGCCCCCCGCCCGAGCUCGGCCUGUGGGCUCCCGCUGCCGCACCUCUCCACCCAUCUCCUCACCACCAUGCCCCUCUACGAGGGUCUGGGAAGCGGAGGGGAGAAGACGGCGGUGGUGAUAGACCUGGGAGAAGCCUUUACCAAGUGUGGUUUUGCUGGAGAAACUGGUCCAAGAUGCAUAAUUCCUAGUGUGAUUAAAAAAGCUGGCAUGACUAAGCCUAUCAAAGUUGUUCAAUAUAAUAUCAAUACAGAAGAAUUAUAUUCCUACUUAAAGGAAUUCAUCCACAUACUAUAUUUCAGGCAUCUAUUGGUGAAUCCGAGAGACCGCCGAGUUGUGGUCAUUGAGUCGGUAUUAUGUCCUUCCCACUUCAGAGAGACACUCACUCGUGUCCUUUUCAAAUAUUUUGAGGUUCCAUCUGUCUUGCUUGCUCCAAGUCAUCUAAUGGCUCUUCUGACACUUGGAAUAAACUCUGCCAUGGUCCUGGAUUGUGGAUAUAGGGAAAGCCUGGUGUUACCUAUAUAUGAAGGAAUCCCUGUAUUAAAUUGUUGGGAAGCACUCCCCUUAGGAGGAAGAGCUCUUCACAGGGAGUUGGAAACUCAACUGUUGGAACAGUGUACUGUUGACACAGGUGCUGCUAAAGAACAGAGCCUUCCCUCUGUGAUGGGUUCAAUUCCAGAAGGUGUCUUAGAGGACAUUAAAGUGCGCACUUGCUUUGUAAGUGAUCUGAAACGUGGACUGAACAUCCAGGCAGCAAAAUUUAAUAUUGAUGGGAAUACUGAGCGUCCUUCGCCACCCCCAGAUGUUGACUACCCAUUAGAUGGAGAGAAAAUUUUACAUGUCCUUGGAUCAAUUAGAGAUUCAGUUGUGGAAAUUCUUUUUGAACAAGAUAAUGAAGAGAAGUCAAUUGCUACUUUGAUACUGGAUUCUCUUAUGCAGUGCCCAAUAGACACAAGGAAGCAACUAUCAGAGAAUUUGGUAGUCAUAGGUGGCACAUCAAUGUUGCCUGGAUUUCUACACAGACUGCUUGCAGAAAUAAGAUAUUUAGUAGAAAAACCAAAAUAUAAAAAAACACUUGGAACCAAGACAUUCCGCAUUCAUACUCCGCCUGCAAAAGCUAACUGUGUGGCCUGGUUGGGAGGGGCCAUUUUUGGAGCAUUGCAAGACAUACUUGGGAGUCGUUCAAUCUCAAAAGAAUAUUAUAAUCAGACGGGCCGCAUACCUGAUUGGUGUUCACUUAACAACCCACCUUUGGAAAUGAUGUUUGAUGUUGGGAAGACUCAGCCACCUCUGAUGAAGAGAGCAUUUUCCACUGAGAAAUAAAAGUUUGAUUUAAAUUAAACUUUGUGGAAGGGGAAAUAAAUAAAAAAUAAAAUUAAGCUUUACUUCUUUUCAAAUAUUUAAUCAAUUAGCAAAUUAUAUAAAGUAUAUCAGAUACUGUUAUAGAUGACAUUAGUGGAAGUGAAAGCAUUUCUGUAAUUACUCUAUAUUAACUUAGUUCUUUUGACUUGUUUUUCUUGUGUGUUAAUGAAUGGUAGCUGAUCCUUAUGAAAUUUGUUGUACUUAUAUCAGUAAAACACAGUAAAACAAUUUAAUACAUAGUUCAUGUUUCAAAAAGAAAAGUUUUAUCACAUGAUUGUUCCUGGACUUUAUAGAGCUCAUUCAUUAUUUUCAGUAAUUACUUCAUUUAAAGCAUAAGUAAUGUUACCAUUAUCAAUUACUUCCAGUGUUAUCGUGGAUCUGUUUUUUUGUCUUGGUAUUUUUCUGCCUGUUAUAAUACUGCUUUUCCAUAAAUAUAUUUAACUCUCUAGACUGAGAAUGUUUAUUAAACUUUUGUUAAGCUAAGUGUG